AACCACAAAUCAACCAAUAACAAAAUAGAAAGUAUAUUAUCAUUGGUCAUAUAACAUUAAGUGUUAAUAAAUUUUACAUAGAAAACUGAAAACGUCAUAUAAUUUGGAACAUAAAAAUUUCUCUAAAACGACUUAUAUAAAAAAAACGGAGGGAGUAUAACAUAAUCAAGUUUGGUGUCUAGUGAAAUCCAAUCGGGAGAUUGGCUUCAUACAGAUGCUCACUUCUAGAGACAUUAAUUAAAAAAUUUGAAUUCAAUAUGGACUAACAUUUAAUGUGACCUAAUAUUCUGCUUUCUUUAGGAAUCACAAUUACUUUUUAUGCCACGUGCAAUAUAUAUGUGUAGUCCCCUAGUACGGAAAGUUUCAAUUAACUUUUAAAAACUGCGAUCAUUGACACAUAGCUAACUUUCAAAAUAGUUGUAAUAAAAUAUCAUUGCCAUUCGUCUGUACAUAUCACGGUAAACGAUGUUUCUAAACAAAUAUCAAAACUCUGAUGGAUUUAAACCCAAUAAUUUGUGAUAGACUGUUGAAAUGAUAAAAUGAACCAACCUUGUAAGUUAUAGCAUCGUUUAAAAAAGUUUAAAAUACUCCUAAGAAUAUAUUGGAAGAAAGCUACGAGGAAAGGCGACGAGAAGAGGAAAAUAGAUCAUUUAUUAUAAUAAAUACGAGAACAGCGUAACAGGAAAAAGGUAGUACUGAAUUAUAUUGAAUGAAUCCCAACCAAACAACAUUAAAUUAUCAAGCCAUUAAUUUAAUACAACAACCAAAUAAAAGAAGAAAUAGAUGUAAAUAAAUAUAUAGACGUUAAAAUAAGUAAAGAAAUAGACCCCACUAAGCCUCCCUGUUCUCCCCCUCUUCAAACCCUUAAAAUCUUCCCUCCCUCCCUCCCUGACUCCAUUAACUCUCUCAGUUUCUUACUUUGAAUCUAAUCCCCAAGCAAACAAACAAAAUAUUUUAUUGUCCUAUUUCUUAACAAAAUAAAAAGAGAAAAAAAAUAUGAAAAUCCCAUUUGUAAACAAGAACCACUCUUCGUUUUCGUGUUCUUCAAAUUCAGUUUCAUCAUCAACAAAUUCCACUUCAUGGGCAUGGCCUUCUUGUCAUCAAAACCCUAAAACUAUAUCUUUCAGAGCCACCAUCACUUUCACCAACCCUAUCCACGAGCAAGAAGACGAUGAGGUUGACCCACCUGAGAUCAAAGAGUCGAUAGAGAGUGUGAUAAAAGGUCUUAGAUCUUCAGAGAGACUUAUCUUCGAAAUCAAAGGAGAAUCCAACUCUAUACUCGAAGAAGCUACAACUAAGCGAGUACAAGAAGAAAUAGAAGAAGAAGCAGAGGAGGAGGAAGAAGGCUUCAUGCUCUUGUCCUUGGAAUCAAACGACCCUUACUCAGACUUCAAGAGAUCCAUGGAGGAGAUGGUUGAGGCACACUCGCUUCACCACGACUGGAGAAGCCUCGAGCAGCUUCUUGUCCAGUUCUUGAAAGUCAACGCCAAGACCAGCCAUCGAUACAUCUUCGCCGCUUUUGUCGAUCUACUCUUGAACUUACCACCAAACGCGAAUGAACCCAUCAGAAACAACAUUGCCAACGACGACGUGGACGGCAUUUCUGCAUCAUGCGCCGCCGCCGGAGAGGCAAGCACUUCUUAUUGUACCAGUAUAGGUCUUGGAGAAUCUCCGUUAUCUCCUCUGUCGUUCUACACGUCGUGUUCUUCGUCUUCUUCCUCCGACGAGACUUCAUCCACGUCCGUACGAUUCUUACCGUUGUCUUCGUUGUUAGAGAUGGAUGAGAAAACUAAAGACAUUUUGGUUUAGAAUGAUUUUCUUUAUUUCUUCUUAAUUUGUAAUUUUAGUUUAAUGAAAAUUUGUGCAGAAUCGUAACAUUGGCUACCCUGAAUAUUUGCUAUAUUGGUAUUUAUUGUGUUUACUUAUUAAUUUUCUCAAUUAUGCGGAAUUUCUUCUUUUUUUUUUGCCCUUUAUGUAGGAUGAUUAAUGUA